UUUGGGUUGAAGUUGAGGCUGUGGGGAGAGAAGAGCUAGCGACGAGCAGUCGUCGCAGCCACCGGCUCUGCGGGAGGUGGAGGAGGCCCCGCCGGAGCCGAGAGGUUUCCGCUCCCCGCUGACCGCCCCUGCCCGCCGCUCCCCCACCUCCUCCCGGUCCCGGAACUCCCGGGCCUGCCUGGGGCCCCCAGUCUUUGCACUCCGCACGCCGCAGCACCCGGCCCCGGCCGCACCCGCCGACCCCAUGAGGAGGGACGUAAACGGAGUGACCAAGAGCAGGUUUGAGAUGUUCUCAAAUAGUGAUGAGGCUGUAAUCAAUAAAAAACUUCCCAAAGAACUCCUAUUACGGAUAUUUUCUUUUCUGGAUGUUGUUACCUUGUGUCGCUGUGCUCAGGUCUCCAGGGCCUGGAAUGUUCUGGCCCUGGAUGGCAGUAACUGGCAGCGAAUUGACCUGUUUGAUUUCCAGAGGGAUAUUGAGGGUCGGGUAGUGGAGAAUAUUUCAAAACGAUGUGGGGGCUUUUUACGAAAAUUAAGUCUUCGUGGGUGUCUUGGAGUAGGAGACAAUGCAUUAAGGACCUUUGCACAAAAUUGUAGGAACAUUGAAGUACUGAAUCUAAAUGGGUGUACGAAGACUACAGAUGCUACAUGUACUAGCCUUAGCAAGUUCUGUUCCAAACUCAGGCACCUUGACUUGGCUUCCUGUACAUCAAUAACAAACAUGUCUCUUAAAGCUCUGAGUGAGGGAUGUCCACUGUUGGAGCAAUUAAACAUUUCCUGGUGUGACCAAGUAACCAAGGAUGGCAUCCAAGCACUAGUGAGAGGCUGUGGGGGUCUCAAGGCCUUGUUCUUAAAAGGCUGCACACAGCUAGAAGAUGAAGCCCUCAAGUACAUAGGUGCACACUGUCCUGAACUGGUGACUUUGAACUUGCAGACUUGUUUACAAAUCACAGAUGAAGGUCUCAUUACUAUAUGCAGAGGGUGCCAUAAGUUACAGUCCCUUUGUGCCUCCGGCUGCUCCAACAUCACAGAUGCCAUCCUGAAUGCUCUAGGUCAGAACUGUCCACGGCUUAGAAUAUUAGAAGUGGCAAGGUGUUCUCAAUUAACAGACGUAGGCUUUACCACUCUGGCUAGGAAUUGCCAUGAGCUCGAAAAGAUGGACCUGGAAGAGUGUGUUCAGAUAACAGAUAGCACAUUAAUCCAACUUUCUAUACACUGUCCUCGACUUCAAGUAUUGAGUCUGUCUCACUGUGAGCUGAUCACAGACGAUGGAAUUCGCCACCUGGGGAACGGGGCCUGCGCCCAUGACCAGCUGGAGGUGAUUGAACUGGACAACUGCCCACUAAUCACAGAUGCUUCCCUGGAGCACUUGAAGAGCUGUCACAGCCUUGAGCGGAUAGAACUCUAUGACUGCCAGCAAAUCACACGGGCUGGGAUCAAGAGACUCAGGACCCAUUUGCCCAAUAUUAAAGUCCACGCCUACUUCGCACCUGUCACUCCACCCCCAUCAGUAGGGGGCAGCAGACAGCGAUUCUGCAGAUGCUGCAUCAUCCUAUGACAAUGGAGGUGGUCAACCUUGGUGAACUGAGUAUUUAAUGACACUUCUAGAGUUACAGUGGAGUCUCCAAUGGAAGCAACCCCAGUGUUCUGAGCAAGGGUUACAAAGUGAGGGCAGCGUCCAGAUCCCCGAGGCACACAUAACAUGUAUACCCAUCCUCACCCUCACCCACUCUAGUUCUGUGACCAGGGGACUGAAGCCCAUGCUGGCUUUAUCAAGUGGAUUGGUAAAACUUAACCAUUCCUGUUGUACAUGCCAAGAAGAAAAUCACAGGCAAGGCAGAGGGAAGGGGCAUUCCAGCAAACCCAGUGUUACUGCUACUGCAGUUUCUUCAUUUUGUUAAGGGGUUUCUUUGGUGAUUUUGGAACAGCAAUUGCAGUCCUCCAGGGUCAGAGAAAGCAUAGAAAAACAAUAUAUGUUAUAUCCAGGGACCAGAAAGAAAAUUUCUUUGCAUCCUAUAAAUGAUAGCCAUCCAGUGUGAGAUGACUACAGAGCUUCUGUGCUUCCUUGUUCCCAUGCCAACAUGCUGAGCAUGCUCACAAAGAAGGCUCAUCCAUUCCUCCUCCUGUGUUUAAGUAUUUGGCCCAGAGGUUUCCUAAAUGGUUGCACUGAAAUCGCUGUGGUCCAGAUGUGGUUACUUACUCGCUCAAAUUGUCACUCUUUGUAGCACACUUGUGCACCUGUCUUUCCUUCUUUGUUGCUCCCUUCUGCACUCUUGCUCAGUCUGUCACCUGUUCAUAGUCUGCUUACUCACACUCAGUUGUUACUCUUUUGCUGUUGUGUUUACAGUGUGCAUUUUGGAUGAUUAGUUGGGGUUACCAAACAUUUUUAAAAGAGACAUUAUCAAUAAAUAUUUUUUUAAUUCUAAGUUUUAUCAUUAGGGGACCCUGCCUGAAUCUUUGCCAGCCUGAAGGGAAACUAUAACAAAAAUAAGAACUGUUAUGAGAAGAAAUUGAGCUAAAACUAUUUUGAUGAAAACAAA